CCGCUCUCAGUGUGUAGCGUAAAACUCACGUUCCUGCUGGUGUCAUAGCUACUCCUCCUCCUGCCGAAUAUAAAAACCCCGAAACUCUUCGUUAUUCCGGACAUUGUGCUGACAUUUAGUUGUCGAGUUGAAUCAUAGUUUUCCUUCCGAGAGUUGCUACACACAGGCACAAUGCGAACCGCAACGUUCGCUUUGCUGCACUUGCUACUUGUCCUGGGUCCAUCUAGACCAUCAGCAGCUCAUCCUCAAUCAAUUCCAGAGCUCUUGUUGUCUCCUCUGCUGGAUCCAGUCGAAAACCUCCUGCCGGGGCUUGGCAGUAUUGUGGCGAGCUUGUCACCCUAUUUCUCCGUGCUCAACCCAAUACUGCAGUCUAGUUUGCAAAAUAACUUGACGCAGUUCAGCUCUGAUGUAGUUACGAGCCUCACGUCUGUAGUAGGAGCGUUGGCAAACGUUUCACUGCCUGUCCCUCCUAUCAUUAGACCAGAUCGCGAGGCUCCCAAAUUCGGUUUUACCAGCGAAGCCUACAAUGUGACGACAUCUGACGGCUACAUUCUUGAGUUUUUCCGGCUACGCAGUGGGAAUUGCACUGCGUACCGUGCCGUCGUAGUCCUCCCUCCAGGAAUUCUCUCCAACGCCGCUUCCUUUAUUCUUUUAAAGGAAAACAGCCUAGCAUAUCGAUUGGCUCGCCGAUGCUACGACGUUUGGCUGCUGACGUUCAGGGGUUACCUGUUUGGCCGACGGCACACAACGCUCAGCGAUACCAGUGCGCAGUUCUGGGACUUCUAUCCGUACCACUGGGGCGCCUAUGAUCUCCCAGCUCAGCUGGAAUUCGUGUCCAACAAGACUGGAAGCAUCAGACUGCGACUAAUCGGGGUUGACCAGGCCGGCACCGCUCUUCUUUUCAUGAACCACGUACACAGACAAAAAUUCCAAGGGCUCCUUGCUGGCUGCUACAUAAUGGGUCCCAUCGGCUAUUUCGGCCGUCUACGAUCCCUAGCUUUUGCCACUCUUGCUCUUCUGCGAGAUGUCAUCAAAGCCGUGGGAGCCAUUACGCUGCACAACGAACUUGCCUUCAUGAACCCUGCCGUCCAUUCAGUGGUAUACAAUCUGUGUGGACGCAUCUCACCGCUUACCUGCUUCUACUUAUUUCAACUCCUCGCAGGAAAUACAAAUGAGAUAAACUACCGUCUGUUCCCCUACAUGUUCGCGAACAUACUAGAUAGUACUUCCAUCGACACUUUGGUCUACUACAAUCAACAAGUUGGACGAGUAAAAUAUAUGGCGUUCUUGGACUACGGCACAACUGAGAACCUCAGACGUUACAAUCAAUCUACUCCAGUAAACGUGGAUCUUACAGCUACAACAGUGCCGUGCUCAUUUUACGCCCUGAAACAAGGAACUGUGGUGGUGACAGAGGAUGUCCGAGACACUUUCCGAGCGCUCGCUAAGACAGCACAGUCGCACUACGAAGAGUUGGCCAAUUAUAGCAACGUUGGUCCUCUGUUCGCUGUGAAUACUGACGGUAUCUACGGGCGAAUCAUAAGUCGAUUGGAGAUUGAUCUACUAAACGAAACUACAUCCUAAUCAGCGUUACUCUUUGGGUUGCGUGGUCUUUGCGAAGUUUGCUGGUGAUAAGAACAAUGCGAUGCCACCUUAUACUUAAAAAUAAAAAAGAAAUAUCGCAACUCUUAGAAAAAAAAGUUUCGAAGCAAUUUUCAAAAUAAAUUUUUGUCCUAAGCGGAAUAAUUUAUGGUUAUGGAAAUAUAGGAAAAUCGUUUGGAACGUAAUAAAUGUUUGAAAAGUCAUGUUAAA